UCUGGCCCUGGGCUGCGGCCGGGCCGCGCGGAGCUGGGCAGGACCAGCUCGCGUCUGUACCGAGGCCGGUGAGGUCUCAGUCCCUGGAAGGCAAGAGGGCGCCCGGCCAUGGCCGGCUGGGAGACCCUUCGGCACAGCCCCACGGCCGGCUGGGAGACCCCCGGGCUCGUCCACACGAGUCGGUGUCAGGCCGUUCGUCCCCGGCUCCUGCUCCUCGGCCUGACCGUGCCGCUGGCUCGGAGCCCGCGGGCCCCGUCGCCCUCCCGGUACCCGCAGCAUCACCGCGUCGGAGCCCUGCUGGCCACAGGGCCACCGACUGCACCGGGCUCAGCUGCGGCUCCGGGCACGACUGCCUGGGCGCGGGAGGUGCGGCUGUGAGAGGGGUGUGAGGCUGUGCGGGAGGGGUGUGCGGCCCCGCACGGGCUGUGCGGUGCUGCCGUGCGCCGCUGUGCCCCCGCCCGGGCGCGGAGCCGCGGCGGGAGCAGCGCGGGGGGGGGGGCUGCCGGCGGCCCCUCCUCGCCGCCCCGCGCGCAGCCCCUCGCCGGCUCCUUUUGUUCGGGGCCUGGCCGGCACACGGGCUCCCUCGGCACACAUGACGGCACAAACUGAAAGGGCCAUUCAUCCCGGCCCCGGCGCAGACAAAGCCGAGGCCGCGCAGAAACCCACCCGGCUCCCGGGAUCUGAGGCUGCGGAUUCCAGCCGACCGCUCCCGCCCGGUGCCCCGCGCCGGGCUCCCCUGCCCGGGGCGCCCGUGCCACCCCGAGCCCGGUACCUGGGGCUGCGGAGCGUGCCGGGCGAGCUGCCGGCGGGCAGCUCGGCGGAUCGUCACCCCUCGCCCGGGUCCUGCCCGGUGGGUCCCGGCUGGGACCCGUGGGGUGCCGUGGGGUGCCCGGGGUGCCGUGGGGCUCAACCCCGUGCUGGGCGCCGGGCCGCUCGGUGCCAGCAGUGGAAGGCUCCAGAGCUGGGUGGGGAAGAUGGUGCGGAGCCGCCACAGGACGGUGCGGAGCCGCCGAGGCCCUGGCAGAUGCUAAUUCCCGGCAGCGUCUCUGGCAGCAGACAAAGCCCCCGGCCCCGCCGCCCGCCGCUCCCAGGGGACCCCGAGCAGCCCCAUCCAUCAGCGUGGCCGACGCGCCGGCAGCGGCCCCCCGGCUCCCGGGGCCCAGCGAGGGCCACCCGUGCAGCACUGCGCGGCAGGACCCCCGCCCUGGGGGGCUCUCGCUGGCUGAGGGGGCCGCGGAGCUGGGUCUGGGCAGGGUGGGGAGGGGGUUUACACUGCGGGCAGGAGCAGCUCGCCCCCGGAUUCCUUCAGCACCCAGGGUGGCAGCGGGGAGGUGUCCCGGAGCCCCAGGGUUGCAGCACCCCGGCUUUCAGGGUGGGCUUCGCCACACCAUCCUGGCGGCCCAGCCUGGGCCCCCCAGCCGUGCCUUGCUUCACCGAGCCUCCCCGGCCCAGCCCUGCUCCACUGAGUCCCCCCUCCUCUGGCUCAGAAGCCCCCGCACCCGCAGAGCCCUGAGGAACGGGCCGAACCCCUCGGCCACCAAGGCAUCCGCUGCCUGGGGCUGGAGCCGGGGUGGGGGGUCAGUGA